AUGAACGCAGAUGACGUGCGACGGGAUGGCGAACCAGAAGACUGGUCCGCCUUCUUUCGCGAGAGGAAUGUAACGAACUUCCGGUUCGGCGGCUUCGACACCACGGGCGUGGAUCCGGGGACGCCAAAGUGGGCGCAGAAGAAGGAGGAGUUUCUCCAGAUCUGGGCAGCAGUGGUUCAAGCCUUGCAGCAGAACACUUCGGAAUCGGAGGACCAGGUCCAGAUUCUCUUCCACUGCUAUGCUGGCAUCAACCGCUCCACAGCGGCGUUGGUUGCUGCACUCAUCUCGCUUUCGAUGAGCACCGAAGAGGCAAUCGAGCACGUCCUCAAGGCACGCGCUGGACAGGAAUACUGGGCCAAUCGCCGGGAUUACUUCAUUGAGGCUUUGCUUGAGUUCGAGGCACAAUGUGGUGGCCCGGCACCAGCCACCUAG